CGUGUGUCAGGAGGGGAGAGGGGAGGACGCCUUGUUGUGGUGCUGGUCAACGGAGACUGGGGAGUAAACACGCACAAUGUCAGGGGACGUCCAGGCGAGGAAGCGCAAGGGGAAGGGGAAGAAGAAAGGUUCCCAGCAGGUUGUGCAGCUGGAGGAGAUCGAGUUUGAUCGACGGCAACCCAAAAUCAUCUCCUAUGAUUUUGAGGACGAUGUGAUUGACUCCAAGGCACACAACAAUAACAACACUCCGCACCACACCAAGAACAACAACAAGGCAGCUAGCAAUGACGAGGGCGGCAGCAGCAGCAGCGGCGUGGUGGCCAAGGCGAUCUUCCUCCUCCUCCUGGUCUCUCUGUCAGUGGUGGUGGCGCUCAUUCUGGUGGAGCUACGAGGCAAGCAGAAGGCUGCCAUGGAGGAAAACGUCUCAGCAAGCUCAGGGGCUGGGGAGGAGAUCGCUCCCCCUCCUCUCCCACCUCCACCCCCAGCAGUGAUGCCCCUACAGGACGAGGGAUCUGUGCCACCUGAAGCCUCCAUAUCACAGGACGCUGAGGAUGAGGAGCCGGAAGCCCUAGCCACACCACCCCUGGAGGAGUUUGUCAAGGUGGUGAGGGAGGUGGACAUGGAGCCUCUUCCUGACGAGGCACCUGUGCAACCUGAAGCAAAGAUGGAGGAGGAGGAGGUAGUUUUACCCAAGGAAGAGGAACGGGUUGAGGACGCAAGUACUGUGGAUGAAGUGGUAGAAGUGGUCACCCCUGUUGAGGAGGUAGUUGCUCCAGUGGAGGAGGCUGUGCAGGUGCCCUCUCCCACCCCAGCAGCAGAUGUAGAUGAAGAGGAGGUUCCACUUGCAGACGAUAGUAAGCCCACAACUGAUGAAGUUGUGGAGGAGAAGGAAGAUGCUACCUCAGAGGAACCUGUAGAAGAACCAGAUGUAGCCAGGGUGGUGGAGCCCUUAGAGGUCCCAGUACCAACACAACAGGAAGAGGAGAAAGAAGAGGAGGUGGUCGAGCCACCAGUUGAACAGCCAGAUGCUUCUGAUGACAGUAUCAAAGAAGAGCUUGAAACAGCACCAUUAGAUGAUGAAGACGAAGAGGAAGAAGAGGAGGCAAGUGACGUUCAGAAGCCAGCUGUGAAGGAAGAAGAGGUACUGCAGGAGAAGGAGGAGGAGGAGGAGGAAGAAGAGGAUUGGUCCCAGUAUGGCAAGGAGGGCAACACUGGAGCUCUGACAGAAGCCUACCUGAAGGUUGAGUCCCUAGCAGAAGAGAUCAUGGCCCUGGACCCCAAGAAUGCCAUGGUGGGUCAGGUUGCCCCCCACAUGGCUGGAGUCCUGAGGGCCAUGGAGGAGGGCCAGACUGAAGGACUACUAGAAACCCUCAACCACAUUCAAGUGAUCCUCGAAGAUGUCAAAAACCGCAUAGAGGAAGAUGAGCCCAUCGUCAUCCCAGGACCUCCAUCUCAAGAAGACAGACCCGAUCACCAGCCCCAGGCAGAACCUGUACCUGAAUCUGUUCCUGGGCCUCAGUCUGAGGCAGAUGCCACAACUGAACAGAUUCCUGAACCUGAUACUGUGAUAGAAUCACAACCUGAAUCUCAGGCUGAAUCAGAACCCAAAAUAGAAGCAGACGCCACAGUUCAGGAUGAUUCUGAGAUUUCAAGCAGCACAGAGCCAGACCAUGAAGCAGAGUCUGAAGUGGUGCCUGAACUGGAGCUCGAAUCUGAUUCUCAACCUGAGUCAGAAAAACAGAUAGAGAAAGAGGUAGAGUUAGAGCCAGACACUGAGACUCCAACUGAGACGAGUGAGGAAGAAGUUGUUGUAGAAACAGACACGGAAAAAGAAGUACAGGUAGAGGCAGAUACAGAGUCAAAGACUGAGACACAGACAGAGAAGGAAGCAGAUAUAGAGACAAAGAGUUCUGAUGAUGAGAUAGAUUUGGAAGCACAGACUGAAAGGGAAUCAGAAAUAGAGACAGAGAAAGUAGCUGAUACAUUGACAGAAACACAGGCAGAAGAGAAAGCAGAAAUAGUGACAGAAGAGAGUGAUGCAGAAAUAGAAGUAGAGGCAAUAACACAGGCAGAGGAAGAGGUAGAGGGAGAGAUAGAAAGUGAAGCAGAUGCCGUGAAUGAGGUAGAGAUUGAGGAAGCGACAGACAGCCAGACAGGUGAGACUGAAGCAGAGGAGAAAGAGGAAUCAAAGCAGUCAGACACUCAGGAUGAGCCUCAGUUGGCUCCAGUACCAGCAGAUGAGGAACAAAAAGCUCCCGAAGCCACAAGGACUCUCUCUGAGGCUGAAAUUGCUAACAUAGAGUCCCAAAUAAUUCGUGAUGACACUGCAGAAGAUGCCCUGCCCUUGGAUCCUCUCCCAGCAGAGACUGAGGAGCCUGUCACUCCUGAGGCUGCUGAGGGAGGGGCUGAGCCAGUACCAGUUGAUGAAGUAAUACCUGACCCCAUUCACAUUGAACCUCUGCAGGAGACGGCUAAAGAACCCCCCGUGGAGGCUGCAGAAGAGAAGCAGCCGCAGCCACCUAGUGCUGAGAAGGAUGCUGCCACCGGUGCUGAUGAGAACAGCAUAAUUGAUAAUGAAAUCAAGGAAGAGCUGAACCAAGCAGAAAAGUUGCUUCCUGAGAACCCAGGAAAAGCUCUCCACACCUUUGGAGCUCUUCUCCACCGCAACCCUAAAUCAGCAAGAGCCAUCUAUGGUCGUGCCAGGUCCUUGGACCAACUGGCAGAAAUAGAAAAGUCAAAUUCCAAGCUGGAGCAAGCAAUCCUGACCUACCGCUCAAUCCUGGAUCUUGCCGAUGAGGAACCCAGCCUGGUGCCGCUGGACUUGCUGCGGGCAGCUGCAGAGAGGUGUAUUGACCGCAUGAAGUUCAGAGGGUUCUUUGGAAAAGCUCUGAGGGUGCAGCAGCGACUUUUGCAGCGUUUUCCAGAGGACGUGGACCUGAGGAACAGCAUGGGAGUCACCUUCCUCCUCAUGAACCAGGGCUCAGCUGCCAAGGAGGUGUUUGAGGCAGUGCUGCAGCAGUGGCCAGAUGAUGGCUUUGCUCAGGUUCACUUCGGUUUUGUGCUCAAGACAACGUACAACAAUGUGACUGGAGGGGCAUACUACAUGAAGAAGGGCAUAGAUAGUGGGGCCGCAGGGACGCAGGAUGAGCGAUUCUUCUUCCACCUGGGCGAUGCCUUGCAGCGACAGGGAAAGGUUGAAGAGGCAUACAAGAUUUAUGAUGAGGCGGUUGAGAGGGGCAUGUUCCUCAGCAGGUACCAACGAUCCCUUUACAAUGUUGACAGACUGACUUCUCGACCGUUUUGGACCCUAGAACAGACAACUUACCAGAUGUUCUUCAGGAAACUUGAAGAAAACUGGGAAGUGAUCCGUAAUGAAGGCGUGGCCCUCCUUGGGUUGCCCGUUCAAGAUGGCUUCCGCCCGGAGGCAGAAAACCUGAAGGAUAUUGGGGACUGGAAGCAGUAUGAGCUGUAUACCAAAGGACGCAAGAUUACAGCCAACUGUGUCAAGACUCCCAGGACCUGCAGCCUUAUUGAGGAUUUCCCAGCUGCUGCAGGCUGUAAAAGAGGCCAGGUCAAAUUCAGUGUGAUGCAGCCUCACACCCACGUCCAUGCCCACACUGGUCCCACCAACUGCCGCCUGCGAGCCCACCUAGGCCUUGUGGUGCCCAAAGGUGUGCACCUGAAGGUUGGACAAGAGACUACCACGUGGGAGGAAGGGAAGUUCCUAAUAUUUGAUGACAGCUGGGAACAUGAGGUUUGGCAUGAGGGAGAUUCCUUCCGACUGGUGCUUAUUGUGGAUGUCUGGCAUCCAGAACUCACUGAGCAGGAACGCAAAACACUUUCACCUAUUUAAUGAAUGGCCUGUGGAUGCUUUUCUCUGGCCAGUAAUAAUGUUUUUGCAUCCAUAAAUGUAAAUCAGAACAUGUAAGUACUACUAAGUUUUUACUAUUGUUAGAUCUGCUUUAAUGUAUUGUAUGAGUACUUAAGGUAGCAUUAA